AUGCCCUUGGAUAUUUUUCCAACAGUGCAGGGCUGGGUCUGGGUGGUCGGUGGAGGCCUAGCCGGAGUUUCGGCUGCCAACAGCGUCCUCGAGUGCGGUGGCAAGGUGGUGCUGGUGGACAAGUCCGCUUUCUGUGGUGGCAACUCCACCAAGGCCACCAGCGGGAUCAAUGGCGCCGAGACCAUGACCCAGAAGGCCAAGAAGGUGGAGGACACCGUGGAGCUCUUCACCUCCGACACACUCAAGGGCGGUGCCAAGAAGCCAGAGCUGGUCAAGGUGUUGUGCGGCAACAGCGGUCCAGAUGUCGACUGGCUGGUCGACAAGUUCGAUCUCGACAUGUCACUGCUCGCGCGGCUUGGCGGCCACUCCGCACCCCGAACCCACCGCGGCAAAGAGCGCUUCCCAGGCAUGACCAUCACCUAUGCCCUCAUCCAGAUGGUUGAGAAGAUUUCCGAGCGCAGCGACCUUGCCAGGAUCAUCAACAAGGCCAAGGUGAAGCAGCUCCUGAUGAACAACGGCGCGGUCUGUGGUGUCCUGUACGAGAAGAGAGGCAAGGACUUCAAGGAGGAGGGCCCUGUCAUCCUUGCCACGGGUGGCUUCGGUGCGGACUUCACAGAGGAGCCAAGCGGGCCUUUGUUUCUUGCAAGUGGCGGAUGGAUGCUCAUGGUGCGCUCUUGGGAGGACUCUUUGCUGGCGAAGUACCGCCCAGACCUCUUGCACCUUCCCACUACGAACGGUGACCAUACCACAGGCGAUGGCAUCAAGAUGGGCGAGGCGAUCGGCGCGCGAUCCAUCGACCUGGAGUGGGUCCAGGUCCACCCCACUGGCCUUGUGGAGCCCGACGAUCCGGAGGCCAAGAUCAAGUUCCUGGCCGCUGAGGCUUUGCGCGGAGUUGGUGGCUUGGGAGCAAAGGAAGAGCAAGACCACAGUGGCCUGGUCAUCAACGCUGCCGGCCUGCGUUUCUGCAACGAGCUCGGUCGCCGUGACUACGUGACCGGCGAGAUGUGGAAGUCCAAGCCUCCUUACCGCCUGAUCCUGAACAAAGCCGCCUCUGAUGAGAUCAUGUGGCACUGCAAGCAUUACACCGGCCGCGGUGUCAUGAAGUUCUACCAGACGGGCGAGGAGCUGUGCAAGGACAUGGGCAUUGAGCUCUCCACCCUUGAGGCCACCCACCAGCAGCACUUCGAAGCGGCCAAGAAGCAAGAGAAGGACCCCGAAGGUGGCCCUUACACGGCUUACCCCAGCGGCAAGACGUGGGACGAGCCCAGUGGUAAGACCGGCGUGGGCAAGAAGUUCUUCCACAACAUCAUCGAGGGCUCAAAGGUCAAGUCGGUGGCUAUCAUCACUCCGGUGAUUCAUUAUUGCAUGGGUGGCUUGGAGAUCGACACCGACUCCGCUUGCGUGGAUGCGUCCGGCAAGGCCAUCCCAGGCCUCUACGCCGCCGGCGAGGUGGCCGGCGGCGUGCACGGCAACAACCGCCUGGGUGGCAACUCUCUGCUGGACUGCGUGGUCUUCGGCCGCGUGGCCGGAAAGGCCGCUGCCAAGUACAUGCUCGGCGACAAGACCAAGAGCAUGGACUUGAAGGAGCUCUCCGGUGGGGGCCUGGCAGCAGACAAGGAGGUUGUCGGCGGUGGCCUCGCUGGCGUUUCAGCGGCCAACAGCGUUCUGGAGUGCGGCGGCAAGGUGGUGCUGGUGGACAAGUCCGCUUUCUGUGGUGGCAACUCCACCAAGGCCACCAGCGGGAUCAAUGGCGCCGAGACCAUGACCCAGAAGGCCAAGAAGGUGGAGGACACCGUGGAGCUCUUCACCUCCGACACACUCAAGGGCGGUGCCAAGAAGCCAGAGCUGGUCAAGGUGUUGUGCGGCAACAGCGGUCCAGAUGUCGACUGGCUGGUCGACAAGUUCGAUCUCGACAUGUCACUGCUCGCGCGGCUUGGCGGCCACUCCGCACCCCGAACCCACCGCGGCAAAGAGCGCUUCCCAGGCAUGACCAUCACCUAUGCCCUCAUCCAGAUGGUUGAGAAGAUUUCCGAGCGCAGCGACCUUGCCAGGAUCAUCAACAAGGCCAAGGUGAAGCAGCUCCUAAUGAACAACGGCGCGGUCUGUGGUGUCCUGUACGAGAAGAAAGGCAAGGACUUCAAGGAGGAGGGCCCUGUCAUCCUUGCCACGGGUGGCUUCGGUGCGGACUUCACAGAGGACUCUUUGCUGGCGAAGUACCGCCCAGACCUCUUGCACCUUCCCACUACGAACGGUGACCAUACCACAGGCGAUGGCAUCAAGAUGGGCGAGGCGAUCGGCGCGCGAUCCAUCGACCUGGAGUGGGUCCAGGUCCACCCCACUGGCCUUGUGGAGCCCGACGAUCCGGAGGCCAAGAUCAAGUUCCUGGCCGCUGAGGCUUUGCGCGGAGUUGGUGGCCUGGUCAUCAACGCUGCCGGCCUGCGUUUCUGCAACGAGCUCGGUCGCCGUGACUACGUGACCGGCGAGAUGUGGAAGUCCAAGCCUCCUUACCGCCUGAUCCUGAACAAAGCCGCCUCUGAUGAGAUCAUGUGGCACUGCAAGCAUUACACCGGCCGCGGUGUCAUGAAGUUCUACCAGACGGGCGAGGAGCUGUGCAAGGACAUGGGCAUUGAGCUCUCCACCCUUGAGGCCACCCACCAGCAGCACUUCGAAGCGGCCAAGAAGCAAGAGAAGGACCCCGAAGGUGGCCCUUACACGGCUUACCCCAGCGGCAAGACGUGGGACGAGCCCAGUGGCAAGACCGGCGUGGGCAAGAAGUUCUUCCACAACAUCAUCGAGGGCUCAAAGGUCAAGUCGGAGCCUUUCUACGUGGCUAUCAUCACUCCGGUGAUUCAUUAUUGCAUGGGUGGCUUGGAGAUCGACACCGACUCCGCUUGCGUGGAUGCGUCCGGCAAGGCCAUCCCAGGCCUCUACGCCGCCGGCGAGGUGGCCGGCGGCGUGCACGGCAACAACCGCCUGGGUGGCAACUCUCUGCUGGACUGCGUGGUCUUCGGCCGCGUGGCCGGAAAGGCCGCUGCCAAGUACAUGCUCGGCGACAAGACCAAGAGCAUGGACUUGAAGGAGCUCUCCGGUGGGGGCCUGGCAGCAGACAAGGAGGUUGUCGGCGGUGGCCUCGCUGGCGUUUCAGCGGCCAACAGCGUUCUGGAGUGCGGCGGCAAGGUGGUGCUGGUGGACAAGUCCGCUUUCUGUGGUGGCAACUCCACCAAGGCCACCAGCGGGAUCAAUGGCGCCGAGACCAUGACCCAGAAGGCCAAGAAGGUGGAGGACACCGUGGAGCUCUUCACCUCCGACACACUCAAGGGCGGUGCCAAGAAGCCAGAGCUGGUCAAGGUGUUGUGCGGCAACAGCGGUCCAGAUGUCGACUGGCUGGUCGACAAGUUCGAUCUCGACAUGUCACUGCUCGCGCGGCUUGGCGGCCACUCCGCACCCCGAACCCACCGCGGCAAAGAGCGCUUCCCAGGCAUGACCAUCACCUAUGCCCUCAUCCAGAUGGUUGAGAAGAUUUCCGAGCGCAGCGACCUUGCCAGGAUCAUCAACAAGGCCAAGGUGAAGCAGCUCCUAAUGAACAACGGCGCGGUCUGUGGUGUCCUGUACGAGAAGAAAGGCAAGGACUUCAAGGAGGAGGGCCCUGUCAUCCUUGCCACGGGUGGCUUCGGUGCGGACUUCACAGAGGACUCUUUGCUGGCGAAGUACCGCCCAGACCUCUUGCACCUUCCCACUACGAACGGUGACCAUACCACAGGCGAUGGCAUCAAGAUGGGCGAGGCGAUCGGCGCGCGAUCCAUCGACCUGGAGUGGGUCCAGGUCCACCCCACUGGCCUUGUGGAGCCCGACGAUCCGGAGGCCAAGAUCAAGUUCCUGGCCGCUGAGGCUUUGCGCGGAGUUGGUGGCCUGGUCAUCAACGCUGCCGGCCUGCGUUUCUGCAACGAGCUCGGUCGCCGUGACUACGUGACCGGCGAGAUGUGGAAGUCCAAGCCUCCUUACCGCCUGAUCCUGAACAAAGCCGCCUCUGAUGAGAUCAUGUGGCACUGCAAGCAUUACACCGGCCGCGGUGUCAUGAAGUUCUACCAGACGGGCGAGGAGCUGUGCAAGGACAUGGGCAUUGAGCUCUCCACCCUUGAGGCCACCCACCAGCAGCACUUCGAAGCGGCCAAGAAGCAAGAGAAGGACCCCGAAGGUGGCCCUUACACGGCUUACCCCAGCGGCAAGACGUGGGACGAGCCCAGUGGCAAGACCGGCGUGGGCAAGAAGUUCUUCCACAACAUCAUCGAGGGCUCAAAGGUCAAGUCGGUGGCUAUCAUCACUCCGGUGAUUCAUUAUUGCAUGGGUGGCUUGGAGAUCGACACCGACUCUGCUUGCGUGGAUGCGUCCGGCAAGGCCAUCCCAGGCCUCUACGCCGCCGGCGAGGUGGCCGGCGGCGUGCACGGCAACAACCGCCUGGGUGGCAACUCUCUGCUGGACUGCGUGGUCUUUGGCCGCGUGGCCGGAAAGGCCGCUGCCAAGUACAUGCUCGGCGACAAGACCAAGAGCAUGGACUUGAAGGAACUCUCCGGUGGCGGUCUGGCCGCCGACAAGGAGGCACCUGCGUCGAAGCUGUGA